GCGGGAGGUGUGGGGAUGGGUAUGCACACCGUCUAUAUAUACCACCAAGGCACCGGCGCCGGAGGAGGCACAGAGCAGAGGAGCCGGCAGCUGACAGCACACUGCAGCCCUGCUGUUGUCACCAUGAGGGCUGUGCUCUGGGACCUGCUGCUGCUCUGCCUCUUUGCCCAGGCAAGGAGUGACUGUCGAGGGGACUGCCUGCGCUGCGACCGCCACUUCUACCGGGAUGGCUUCGACCUCCUCGUCUGCAUCCUGGAGUGCGAAGGUGAAGCCGUCCCACGGGCCACCUGGGAGAUGUGUGCCACCAGCAUCCGAUCUGCACCGCGUCCAGGUGCCGCCGGUGCUGGCGUCCUCGGUGCCAUGGAGCCGGCCGAGGCGGUGGCGAGCCCGCUGCAGGUAAGCGAGCUGCUGCGGCGCCGGGACGCCGAAGACGGAGGUGCUGGGAUGGCGCCGGGCGCUUUCCCAUCGCAGGACGAGGACAUUUCCCGGCGGCUCGGAGGUGGCUUCCCACGGGGGACACGCGGCUCGUGGCCGGCGGCCCGUGGGGUGCAGAAGAGAUACGGGGGCUUCAUCGGGGUGCGCAAAUCGGCGCGGAAGUGGAACAACCAGAAGAGGUUUAGCGAGUUCCUGAAGCAGUACCUGGGCAUGUCGCCCCGCUCCACGUUCCGGCACCGCUUCCCGGCACCUUCCGCCAGGCACAGGCAAAAUUAAACCCUGCUCCUGUCCACCCAAGCAGCCUCCAACCUCUCUCUGACGGACCCCAAAGCGCUUCAGACUCGCACGCGUCCCGAAAUCAUUUUUCUCCCUUCUCGAGAGCAGCCAACCGGGUGCAAUUUAAGCCAGGACGGGAAAGGAUGAGGCCAUCGCCGGAGCGAGGAGUCGUGGGGUGGGGAGUGGGGCGGAGGA